AUUGUGGUAACUACUAGCAGAUGAUCUUAAUAAUUAUAGUAGUCCUACUUUAUAAUAAAAAUUAUAUGAAACUUGUUUUAAAUGUAAAGCACAGUAAAUUUGAAUUCUUUUAAUAAGUACCUGAGAGUUUGUAUGUACCUACUAUUGCCAUGGAAAAUCGUUGUUCUGUUUUGGGAUGUUUGAAUACUUCUGAUGAUGGAGUUCGAUUGCAUGAAUUCCCAUUUGAUGAUGAGAAGUUAUUGCCCAUUUGGAUAAUGGCGACAAAUCGUUCAAAUUGGUUACCAAUUGUCAAAAGUAGGAUAUGUGACGACCACUUUGAGAUGGAUGAAUAUGAAGCUGGCAAUAGGGCCAAUAGGCUUAGACCAGAUGCUUGUCCCAUACUCCAUACAACAAAUACAAUUCAUAAUGCCCUACAAUAUUACUCUGCCCUGGGCCCCGCAAAUUGUCAGGACGGCCUUGAGGAUAUUACACAUGGAAAGAUAUUGACAGAUUCUGAAGACAGUGAAUGUUCGUCUACAAGCGAUAUUAGUUCUGACGAUUUACUUGAUACACCAAAUACUAGUUAUAUGAAAUCCAGUGAUGAUGAUUCAACUCUAAGUACAUCAUCUUGUAGUAGUUUUAGUUAUUUGAAUGAAGCUACUGAAUUUGAUGAUGAAUUUCUAUCAUCACUUUCAGACACCGAAUUUGAACUUGAAAAUAUACUGGAAGAAUCAAUGAUAGAAGUAGACUCUGUGUCAUUGUCUUCAUCUGUAACAAAUCUUGUAAAUACAAACCAGCCUAUAAACCAAGAAUGUGCGGUUGUAUUAUGUAAUCAAAAUGCAAGAGACCAGUUUGAUACCUUAUUUUUCAUCAACUUUCCAAUGGAUAAUAAAGCACUUUGUGAAACCUGGUGGAAAAUGUGCGGACGCGAAGACAAAUUUGAUCCUUUGUUAAAAAUAUGCUCAAUUCAUUUUUAUCCUGAAAAUUUUACAUCUAUUACUAUACGACAAGACGGUCAACUUUUUAGACAAACUAUUUUGAAUAAUAAUAAUAUUGUACCAACACUUUAUCUACUGUCACAUGAGUAUACAAAGUUUGCAAGAAAACGAAAAAGAAGUGUGAAUGAUAAUUAUAGUAUAACAAAUAAUACAACAGAACUUGAAGACUGUAUUAUUCAAGGCUGUGACAAGACAUUUUUGAAAGAUGGAAAAAAGACAUUGUUUUUUAAAUUUCCAUUGCAAAACAAAAAUAUGCUUAAAAAAUGGGUAGAUAGUAUUGGAUUAACUAAUUGGCAGCCAACCGAUAAAGAUCGAAUUUGCUCUGAUCAUUUUGAAAAUGAUGAUGUUUUAAUGACUAAUGAUAUGUAUGGUCUAAAUAAUGAUGCUAUCCCAUCAAUUAAGCCACAAAAUUCAUUUGUAAUAAGUUCUGAAGACAAUUAUGAUAGAAAACAUGCAUCCACAGUUAACAGCAGAUAUAUUGAUAUUAUUUUAAAUAAUUUAGAAUUCAAGCAGUUAGAAAAUAACACUUUGAUAGUUAAAGACACAAGAGAAAAAAUGAAUGAAAGUUUAUUGUUAAAUUCAUUGGAACGUGAUGUAGAUGACCAAGAUCCAGAAAAUCACCAACAAAUAUUUAAUGCAUGCGCAGUCCAAUCUAGUUCAACAAAAAUAAAUGGCAAUAAAGAUGGAUGUAAUCAGACUAAAUUAGUAUCCAAACCAGAUGAAAAGACCAUAUAUGAAAAUAAUUUGAAAAAUAUACAUACCGAUACUCCAAAUAUCACUACUAUAUCAAAAAAUAAAUCUAUUUCAAAAGUACUUAAGAAAUCGCAUAAAGAAUCAAUUGAAAAAAAUAUUUCUGAAGGAAUUCCAGAAUCUAUAAUACAUAAUCAAGACUUAACAGAAUGCUAUGGUGAAAUGCUUUCACCUUGUUGCGACCAGGACUGUCAAUUAAUAUGUUACUUUUCUAUGCCUGGCCCCGACCGAAGACAAAUUUAUAAAGAAUUUCAGAUGUUGAAUGCGACUGAACAGAACUGUAAAAUUACUCAAUUAGUACAAUUGCGUAUGUCUAAAAAAAAAGAUGGCACUUUUGAAAGCUGUCCAACAUACCGUUUUAUUUGGAAUAAGGCGUCCGUAAAAGUCUGCCGAACUUUUUUUAUGAACACAUUAGGUAUUUCUGAUAACCGUCUUAAUGCUAUUCUGAAACCAAUAAAUUACAGUUGGUAUUCUGAUAGAGAUAUUGCGUUGAAAGCUAAUCAACCAAGACAAUUAAAUAUUAUUAGUGAGCCAGUUAUCAUGACAGAUUUUAUGAAAGAAUCUUUAAUACCGUUGGACAAGGACUACAAUUUAUAUGAGCCUGAGAGUGACUCAGAAGUUAGUAUAGAAAAUGUGCCUUUUAAAGAAUAUGAAAACGUUUUCCUAUACAUGAAAGAUAUUCCUAGGGUUUUGAGUUCAUAUAAUAUUCCUGGAACGUUAAAAAAACAUUUCUUUGAAACUAGUAUUUCUUUAGAAUAUAUGUACAAAACAUAUUCUGAAAAUUUUAUUAGGAACAAGACUCCUCCACCAUUUACAAAACGUCAGUUUAAAAAAAUUUACAAUCAGUACAUGAAGACGUUUAUAAAAAUGGUUUAAAUUUGCAUCUUGUUUUAUUGGGUUUAAGUUUAUAGAAUUAUGUUGAUGCUUUCAGAAACUGUCAUAAUUAAAAUUAUGAAUGUAGCAUACUAUAUAUUAUCAUCUAUAUAAUCCUAUUUUUGAAAAAUAAUUCUACUAUUUUUUUUAAUUAUUAUUAUUAUUUUUAUACUUAUUUUUUACUGCUAAGUA